UUGUCAUUUCUGCAGUCGUCGAACAAAAUUGAUAAAGUUUGUUUUGUCUCUUGAAGAACGGAUAAAUUUUUAAAUUCCCGUUGCCAUGAGAUAAGAAUUUCCUGAAAAUUUCUGCAGUUUUCUAUGAGAAAUUUGUUGUUAAAUAAUAAUGUGACGAUACCGGUGUAAAAUAUGAAAAGUUCUUGUGAAUCGUUUGCCACACGCGAUUCAGUCUUUCUCCGUGUGGAAAAGUAAAAUUUUUGUGGAAGAACAAGUUAUAUGUACGCAGCGGGAAUGACAAUAAUGGCAGUUUCUGUUGGGGAAAUUUGCGAGAACACGAAGCUGGCUCGAGAAAUGGCUCUUAUGGGAAACUACGAAUCGGCUCUUGUGUAUUAUGAAGGAACAGUUCAGAUGAUCCACAGACUUCUCAUUACGAUAGCUGACCCUACUCGAAAGUCAAAGUGGCAAUUGGUACAGAGACAAAUGGCGCGAGAGUAUGAGCAACUGAAGGCGACGGUGGCGACGCUGCAGAUGUUCCAGCACGAGGGAGAGAAAGCCAUCACACCGCUUAGUGGAAACCUAGAGGACCUGCCGACACGUGAUCAAAUAUGGGCGCCCGCGCCGCACGAGCUCGACCCGGACAUAUGGCCGCCGCCGCCAGACCGAGAUCCCAACGCGUGGCCACCGCCCACUAGUGUCGAGCAUAAAGGUCCACCAGCAAUGAAGUCAGCCCGUAACAACCCACGCAACAACCGCACGGCGGACGCCAAGAAACCAGCGCCGAGGAACGCGACCACGUCGCAGAGGAAGACGUCGGACGUACGGAACCCCAAGUUAAACACUAAUAAGGCACAUAGCGCGAAAACGAAAGAGACAAACAACAAGGAGCACAGCAACAAGGACAAGCAGGACAGGGACAACAACAACGGCGACACGGACGACGAGAAGCACGGCAAGGAGGACGAGAGGCGGUUCGAGCCGCCCUCCGCCGCCGACGGCGACCUGGUGGACAUGUUGGAGAGGGACAUAGUACAAAAGAACCCGAACAUACGAUGGGACGACAUCGCCGACCUGUCGGAGGCCAAGCGGCUCUUGGAGGAGGCGGUCGUGUUGCCCAUGUGGAUGCCGGACUUCUUCAAGGGUAUACGCCGGCCCUGGAAGGGGGUGCUGAUGGUCGGUCCGCCCGGGACGGGGAAGACCAUGUUGGCGAAAGCCGUGGCCACGGAGUGCGGGACGACGUUUUUCAACGUGUCAUCAUCCACACUCACCUCGAAGUACAGGGGCGAGUCGGAGAAACUUGUGCGGCUGCUCUUUGAAAUGGCGAGGUUCUACGCGCCGUCGACGAUAUUCAUCGACGAGAUCGACUCGCUGUGCUCGCGGCGCGGCUCCGACAGCGAGCACGAGGCGUCGCGCCGCGUCAAGUCCGAGCUGCUCGUGCAGAUGGACGGCCUCGGCUCCGCCACCGACGAGCCCGCCAAGGUGGUAAUGGUGCUAGCGGCCACAAACUUCCCAUGGGACAUAGACGAGGCACUCCGGAGGCGACUGGAGAAGAGGAUAUACAUUCCCCUCCCAACACAAGAGGGCAGGGAGGCCCUGCUGGGCAUUAACCUACGGGAGGUCAAAGUGGACCCUGAACUGGACCUGCGGGCUAUAGCGAAGAAGUUGGAUGGGUAUUCUGGAGCGGAUAUCACAAAUGUCUGCAGGGACGCAUCUAUGAUGUCGAUGCGUAGAAAGAUCGCCGGCCUCAAGCCGGAGCAGAUCAAACAGCUUGCCAAGGAGGAGCUCGACCUACCCGUCACAAGACAAGACUUCGUCGAGGCCAUCGCCAAGUGCAACAAGUCCGUGUCGAAGGGCGACAUCCAGAAAUACCUCACGUGGAUGGACGAGUUCGGCUCCUCCUGAUUGACGUAGAACAAUUAUCAUCUGUGGACAAUUGUCACUUCUACCAUAGAGAAAUGAAAUGGCGCCAAAUUUAACCUGACAUAAAAUUAAAACUGAAAAUAUCGGAGGGAAAUUUCAUGUUUUGAUGAGAAAUGUGGAUUAAUUUACACUAAAUAUCAAAUGACAAUGAUUUAAAUUAAGAAUACGCGCCAUUAUUUAACCGAUAUUUUGGUGCCAUUUCGUAUUACUAUUGUUCUCUAUGCGCCUAGAAGUAUUUCCCAACAGACGGUGUCAGACACGAUUGAAAGUUCAAGUAUUUAAAAAUUGCCUUAUAGGAUAAGUCGCGAAACAGACUGUUUCAGUAUUAAACAAUUGUACAGUGGCAUAGGGAAAUAAAUGCAUCUGUUAAAAUUAUAGUGUAUGAUACAUUCCAAUUGGGACAUUAUUGACUCAACUACACAAAAAUAAUAAUAUUGUGAGCUUAAAUAUGUGUCGUUUUAACCGUCUCAUCGAAACCAUGCCAUUUAUUUAUUUAAAUUUUUUUCAUGUAUCAGUUUACAUAUUAACGUAUAAGAAAAUCACCAAUGCAUUUAUGUUAUUAUAUUGCCGAUUUCAAAUUCAGGUGUAAUAUAAAGUAACGAAACGACAUAUCCCCCAACAUGAAUUAGAUUUUGUACCACACAAGCACAAAAUACAAUAGAUUACAAUCACGUAAGUUAGAGCCCUUUGAAAUCCUGAGAUCUGUCGUCACCUUUCUUCUUGUAUUUAAUCAUCGUGAUCUUCGUACUUAAUGUAGCGUAUAAUGAGAUUCAUAAUUUAGUAUAAUUUUAUGCCAUAACUAAUUUAUAAUUGUAUGUUUAUAGAUAUUUUUUAUAAUUUUUUCAAGUAUGUUUAUAUGAAUGAGAGAAAUAUUUUGGCAUGUAUGCUCGCUCAAUUUCAAUUAAAAUUAUGUAUGUUAUUAUAAUAUUUUAGAUAAAUC